AGGCGCCUCCCUUAUAUAAACCGACACCCUAGGGUUUCCCUCUCUCCCUUGUGAUACCCAACCAGAAGUGCGGCGGCGCAGGCGGACCAGGAGGAGGCGGAGGAGAAGCAGCGGAGCCAAGCCACCGCCGCCACCAUGGGUAUCUCGCGUGACUCGAUGCACAAGCGCAGGGCCACCGGUGGAAAGCAGAAGGCCUGGAGGAAGAAGCGAAAGUAUGAGCUCGGGCGCCAGCCGGCCAACACCAAGCUGUCAAGCAACAAGACAGUGAGGAGGGUUCGUGUUCGUGGAGGUAAUGUGAAGUGGAGGGCUCUUCGCCUGGAUACUGGUAACUACUCAUGGGGAAGUGAAGCUGUUACCCGCAAGACCCGUAUCCUUGAUGUUGUCUACAAUGCAUCAAACAACGAGCUUGUGAGGACUCAAACCCUUGUGAAGAGUGCCAUUGUGCAAGUUGAUGCUGCCCCAUUCAAGCAGUGGUACCUCACUCACUAUGGAGUUGACAUCGGUAGGAAGAAAAAGGCUCCUGCUGCAAAGAAGGAAGCUGCUGAGGGACAAGAGGGUGAGGCAGCAGCUGAGGAAGCAAAGAAGAGCAACCAUGUGAAGAGGAAGCUUGAGAAGCGUCAGGAGGGACGCGAGCUUGAUGCGCACAUUGAAGAGCAAUUUGGCAGUGGAAGGUUGCUGGCGUGCAUUUCCUCCCGCCCUGGACAGUGUGGCCGAGCUGAUGGGUACAUUCUUGAGGGUAAAGAGCUUGAGUUCUACAUGAAGAAGCUUCAGCGCAAGAAGGGCAAGGGCGCCGCAGCUUAGAGCAUUCUCAUGGAUGGUCUUACGCCGAAAUGUGUGGCCUAUUAAAUAUUACUCUUGCUUUUUUGUUAGUCGUCUCAAGUUCAGAGCGUCUAUGUCAUGUUUUGCAGACCUGAGAACACUAUUUUCUGAAAAUGAAUCAACUCUAUCUAGCUCUUAAGAAUUGAGAUUUUCCGGUUGUAUUUUCGUGAUGCUUAUUUUGCUUGUUUACUAGCUGCAACAGUUCCUGUUAAAGCAGGUUUGGUUUCGCGAUGA